GUACAAGCAGCUCCCCAACAAGUGGCUGAAGACAAAUUUGUAUUUGAUUUACCGGACUAUGAAAACAUCAACCAUGUAGUGGUCUUCAUGCUGGGAACUAUACCAUUUCCAGAAGGAAUGGGAGGAUCUGUCUAUUUUUGUUAUCCAGACCAGAGUGGAAUGGCAGUGUGGCAGCUGCUGGGGUUUGUCACUAAUGAGAAGCCAAGUGCCAUCUUCAAAAUUUCUGGUCUGAAAUCUGGGAAGGGAAGUCAACAUCCCUUCGGUGCCAUGAACCUCCCCCAGACGCCAACGGUGGCCCAGAUUGGGAUCUCAGUAGAGCUGCUGGAGAACCUGGCCCAGCAGACUCCUGUUGCAAGUGCUGCUGUGUCAUCGGUGGAUUCAUUCACAGAGUUUACUCAGAAGAUGUUGGAUAACUUCUAUAACUUUGCUUCCUCAUUUGCUGUUACUCAGGCACAGAUGACCCCAAAUCCUUCUGAAGCUUUCAUUCCUGCAAAUGUAGUUCUGAAAUGGUAUGAGAACUUCCAGAGACGUCUGACACAGAAUCCUCUCUUCUGGAAAACAUAAGCUUAAAUUAAGUCAUUUGAAAUGCUUUCUAAACAGUGCUACCUGAAAGAUGAAUCAGGUUACUCCACUGAAGAAUUCUGGGAAGGGAAAAAAACGAUUAGUCUAAAGAGACGAACUUGUAACUUUUAUAUUACUCUUGAAAAUUAUUUAAAAUUAAAAUAUGUGAUAACUA